UUUUUUUUUUUUUUGUUAUCACAACUUUUGCGGUUUUCCUGCUCCCUCUGAGUUUGAGUGCACACGGUCGCAACACCAACAGUUCACCACCAUGUCCUUCACAUCAUCCACUGGCGACGAGUUCUUUGCAGCACCCCACGAGUGGAAGUGCUCUGCGAAAGGCUGCACCAAGGACGCCGCACAAUCCAUCAUCUGCCCAACCUGCCGCUGCCUUGGCUACUGCGGAAACGAAUGCCGCGUCAAAGACUGGGAUGGAAAGCACUGGAAAAAGUGCAAGGAUACCCUGAAAGAGGGUGCCGAGUUCUUUGCCUUGAUCAACCCCGUCAACAAAAAGAAGCUGCUCAAGUUCUUCAAGACGGACAGCGAGAAAACAGCCGUCCCUAAGAACUUGCCAAAGGGCUUUUCGCUCGAAAUCCGAAACGACCGCCUCGACACGCCGCUCUGCAUCGCCGCCGAUCUCGGCGAAUUCAGCUUUGUAGAGCUCUUCCUGCGCCUUGGUGCUGGCAUCAACCGCAAGGGCUCUCAUGGAAACACUCCCCUGCAUUAUGCUGCGCGGAAGGGCUUUGGUCUUGUGGUCAAAACGCUCAUCAAGAACGGGGCUGAUGUGAUGGCCACCAACAACGACGGCGACACCCCGUUGCACUUGGCUGCCUUUGGGGGCCACCAGUUUGCCGUCCUCGCUCUGCUCGGGGCCAAGGUGGACGUGCUCAAGAAGAACAGCGGGUUUCAAACACCGCUCGACGCCGCAGUGAACGCCAAGCAGUUCCAUCUCGUUGGUCUGCUCCUCGAUCAUGAGCCGUCGUACCGCGAGAAGCCAACGCUGCUGAUCAAUGCCAUUCGUUCCAAGAAUGCCGAGUAUGCGGCUGUGCUCGUGGAAAACGGCAUUAGCAUUGAAGCCAAGUCCGACAAGGGGCUCACUGCCGUGGAGGAGGCCACUGCGGUUGGCUUGACGCAGUUCCACAAGCUGCUCGAGGAGAAGCGCGCUCGCGACGAGUUGUCUGGUGCCAUCAAGAUCAAGAACAAGGAAGACGACGAGGCUCGCAAGGUGGAAGAAGCGCGCCUCAAGGAGGAAGAGGAGAAAAAGGCCGCCGACGCCGCCAAGGCCGCCGAAGAAAAGAAGGCUGCGCUGCUCCAGGCCGAGGAGGACCGCAAGGCUGCCUUGGCCAAAGCCAUUGCCGAGCGUGAUGAGGCAGACCGGCAGUACAUUGAGAAUCAAAAGGGCGAACUUGACAGUCUAACGUCGUCCUUGUCACAACAGGCUGCAGGCCAGCCAGUUAACAAAAACCUCCAGCGCGCUGCCGGCACACAACGAAGAGCCAGCACCGUCUCGACCGAGUCCACAGGAUCUGAUAAUCCCGCGCACGCGGCCGCUGCGGCCGAGCUCAUGAACGCGGCCGAGCUUGUCUCGGCGGAUGGCGCCAUCCAGCUGACCGUUCCAGAGCCCACCUCCGAGCUGCAGGUGCAGCUCAACGCGCUGCUCGAGUUCCGCCAUGUUCACCGCAUGAUUGCCUUCAUGAUUCCCGCGUACGACUCGAUGAAGAAGGCCUCGACCGACGAUGGAGCCGUGAUUGUGCAAGGCGUCAAGGAAGUUGCCUUGCAAACUGCGCAGGCCAUUUCUCUCUGCAAGAGUGCCAUUGAAGCCACCUUUGAAGAGAGCGUUAUUUUGCACUGCCGAACGAAGAUUGGCAAUCUUACGCACUCGAGCGCGAUUCUUAAAGAGUCUGUUCGCACGUUUAUGACUGCAACAGAGGAAGAAGCCAAGACCGCCGAGUUGGAGCAAGCCUUGGCAACCGUCAAAGCUCUGAUUGAUCAUGUCUACUCGAUUGUCCAGAUUGCCAAGCUCGAGCUUGAUUCUAUUCCUGCCAUCAACUAGAACACUCGCGCGUGGACGGAGAUUUGAAAUAGCAUCUCGCCCCGUUGUGCAGAAUUUCUCGCCAACCACUGCACCUGCCAGUCUGUCUGCUGCAUGUUUACUAUCCUUGUUCAUGUUUUUGUUUCCGUCUUUUUUUUUCUUUUCUUUUUUUUUUUUUUUUGUUCCUUCUUCUCUUUCCUUUUAACAGGGGUUUUUGAGUUUGUCGGUUUUGUUUCUAUUGUUGUUUUGUAGCUCACUGUUGCUACUCGAGUCAUGUUAUCAACAAUACACCUUUGUUUUU